AUGAUUCGUGCUAAAAAAGUUAGCAAAGAUAAAGUUAAAAAAAUGAAACUAAUCCUCCCAGAAUUGUGGAUUGAAAUUUUUAUAAAUCUGUUUGAUGGUUUAAACGAGCCAUGGCAAUUCGAAACUUUGGUAAACUGUUCCUUGGUUUGCAAAGAAUGGUACCAGAUGUUAAAUUGGCAAAUUGAAGCAACUCCAAGUACAAACUUGAGAUUGUGGAAAGUACUUGCUGAAAAGCACUCCCUUCUCUAUCAAUUGACCGAGAAGAUUGACAUGAGAAGAUUUUUUGCUCAAAAUAUCAUUCCACAAGAAUUUUCUAACGGUUACAAAACUGUUACAUAUCAUGGAAUGAAUGGUCUCAAUUAUGGCAGUGGUGGAUGUGCAAGAACAUUCGAUUUUAAUUUCAAUGCCAGUGUGUUUGGAAUUCACUUUUUGAAAAGAAUGAUCAAACAUGAUGAGAAAAUUGGAGAAUUAUUUUCAGAUUUGAUGAAGAAAAUCAUUGGCGUUGUGGCCAGUUCAAUUCCUCAAAACAAUUACUAUUACCAAUACCAGAGUAUUUCCUUGGAGAGUAAUAUUAAGGACAAAUUUGAGUAUUUUACAAAUUGUGAAAGAGAUUCAUUCUAUCCACAAAUUUAUUUGGACAGAACAUUUGAGGAUGUCAAGCAGGAAUUUGACAACAACUUGUUUGACUUUUUGAAAAAAGUGAUUGGAGGAGAGGAGUGCCUCGAAGAAAUCUCCAAAUUAGAAGAAUUGCUUGCUUUCAUUAAGAAAGAAUGUCCAAUUGUUGCUGAAUAUAAGGAGUGUUAUGUUGGCGUUAUUGGCUCAUUGGCUGUGGUGUUUAUUACCAAUAGUGGAAAAUGUAUCUUCUUUGAAUAUUCAGCAGACGAUUAA